AUGACCAAAGCUAGUGUGGCCAUCUCUCCCCGAAAAUUAGGAGAGAUGGCCACAUUCGGUCAGGGUAUGCCAAAUAAAUACCAAAGACAAGCUUUAGCUACCCGAGGGAAUUGGACCGAAGAGUCAUCAAAGGCUGCAAUAAACGCUUUGAAAAAUGGUGGAAUGUCAGUUUAUGCAGCUGCCAAAGCCUAUCAAAUUCCAAGGAAAACCUUAGAAAGGCGAUUCAAAAACAAUAACGACAAAAAAGGACCUAUGGGACCAACUUGCUUUUUUGGCGACGAAAAUGAAAGGAAGCUCGCAAACCACAUUAAAGUCAUGCAAGCGAAAGGUUUUCCUUUAACGAUUGAUGAUGUCAGAAAGGUCGCUUACCUGAUGGCUGAACAAUUGAAUUUAAAUCACAGAUUCAAUAAAGAAACUGGAAAAGCAGGCUACGAUUUCGUACGAUCGUUUUUGAGUAGGCACCCUGAUAUUGCAAUCAGGAAGUCAGAAGGUGUUUCCUUAGCGCGAUCGACUGCUAUGAACAAGGCGGAGGUGGACGCUUAUUUUAAGCUUCUGGAAAAUGUUUUGACGGUCGACGACGUGAUGUUGGAAUCAAGUCAUAUCUUCAAUAUGGAUGAGACAGGACUUCAAUUGAAUAACCGUCCUGGAUAUGUACUUGCUGAGAAGGGGUCCAAAGCUGUGUCGACAGUUACAUCGACUGAAAAAGGAGAGACAAUAACUGUUAUAGCCUGUUGUAGUGCUGAAGGAACUUUUUUGCCACCUGCUUGCAUAAUGAAGGGUAAAAAUAAAAAAGCUGAGUUUGAGGACGGAAUGCCUCCUGGAUCGAGGAUUUUUAUGUCUCAGAAGUCUGCAUACAUAACUUCGAUCAUAUUUUUGGAAUGGUUGAAAACGCACUUCGUCUCAAGGAAACCUGCAGGAAAAGUUCUUUUGUUGUUGGACGACCAUUCAACUCAUUGCAAUUCUGUUGAAAUGUUGGAAUACGCAGAAAAAAAUGACAUAGUUUUGCUAUCAAUGCCGAGUCACACAUCUCACUACCUUCAACCGUUGCAUCGUGCGGUGUUCAAGUCAUUGAAAACCCAUUUCUACGAACAAUGCCGACUGUGGCUGAAACAAAAUACUGGUCGUCGUAUUACAAGACUGUCGUUCGGAACAUUGCUUAAUAAAGCGUGGGGAAAAGCAGCUUCUGCAGAGAAUGCUAUUGCAGGAUUCAAAGCUACAGGAGUCAGUCCUUUCAAUCCAAGCGCAAUCCCAGACUAUGCUUUUACACAAGAACCAAGGGAACUCACAUCGACCUCUCAAAAAGACUCCCCAGCUACAAUUACAGAUUCGAUAUCAAAAAACCUGGAACAAGUUUCACGAAUUUCAGAAGAGCCAGUAAGCGAGUCUGUUACAGUCGCUGAGCAAACCUUUUGUGCUGAGGAACACCGAAUCUCAAACGCAAACCCUGAAAUGUUUCCGAAGAAAAGUCCUAGUGAGAACAUGAUUAGCAGUGGUUCUCAAGUUGCCGCGAUGCUGUCGUCGACCUCAAGAACUUCACCAAAUAAAAAUGACGUCCCAGAUUUAACUCCAACGCGAAUUUUAAUGGAAAUAUCUCCUGUUCCACAAAAAGUUUUCGAAGUACGUAAACGGGCUAAGCAAGUCGGCACACUCCUAACAUCAGACGAACACAUUCAAAUGAGAAAAUGUAAAGAAGAUAUGAACGGCGAUGAAGAACAGCCAGUUCUAUGCGAUACAUCAGACAAAAAGGGUGAAGGGAGAGAAAAAGAAAACUGUGUGGGCUCUCGAGAGAACUAUUUCGAAACACAUUUUAUCGAAGACUGGCUUCAGUGUAUCAUUUGCCAACUUUGGUUGCACGACAAUUGCACUGAAUUUGACAACAUGUGUUCAAAAUGCGGACAAAGUGAAAAAAGAGAACUGAAACUCAAAAAAUGCACGGUGAAAAAGGAGAAACAGUAG